AUGCCCAUUGCGUAUGCACGCACAGCGUCAAGUCUGAGUGCGCGUCUUCGUUCACCAUCGCCGAUCCUUUCUAUGGCACGGCACGCACUUCUGCCUCAGCGACAGAUGCCUUUUCAUAUACCCCAGUUGGGCGGCGUUCGCUUCACAACAUAUGGCUCAGAGUACCAACCAUCGCAGCGUAAGCGCAAGCGCAAACAUGGCUUCCUCGCUCGUCUAAGGUCCCGAACUGGUAAAAAGGUACUCGCGCGCCGUCGCGCAAAAGGCAAGACAGCCGUUUCCCACUGA